AUUGUUUUGAAAUAGGGGUUCUUAAAGGUGUGGGUUAGUUUUUAUAGCCGUUCUAUCGCCCGUCAUGACGAGGUCAUUCUGAACUUAUGGACAAGUAGCCUGCAUGCGGGCGACUAACCGAAAUUAAGAAGUAAAAUGCCUACACCAAAUGUUGUUCAUGAUUUAGUAGCAGGUGCAGUAGGAGGAAGUUGUGGUAUAAUUAUUGGUCAUCCAUUUGAUACAGUUAAGGUUCAACUACAGACCCAGUUGAAAGGGCAACAGUAUCCCAGUGUACUCUCUUGUAUUAAAACAGUUAAAAACCAGGGAUUAAGUAAAGGAUUAUUUCGUGGGUUGUCAUGGCCGCUGAUAUCGUAUGCCGGUGUAAAUGCUGUAUAUUUUGGUGUGUAUGGUAAAGUAAUAAGUUUAUGGAAUGAAGGAGAAGAAUGCAGACCAAGUUACCUUUCAAUGUAUGUAGCUGGCACCAUGGCAGGAUUAGCUCAGCUUGUUAUAGCAUGUCCUAUAGAUGUUAUUAAAGUGGUUUUACAGUCUCAGAUUCCUAGAAAAACGGGUCCAGCAUCGUCAAGAUAUUACAGUGGUCCAGUAGCUGCCUUUACAGAUAUAUUACGUAAACGUGGAAUAACUGGUAUAUAUCGGGGUUUUGGUACGCAGCUGUUUCGUGAUUUGCCUUCCUCAGGAAUCUAUUUUACAUUGUACGAAUAUCUACGGUGCAAUAUUAGUUUUGUAGUUCCAAGCAUUCCGUCACAGAUGGUUAAUUUUUUAAGUGGAGGGAUUUCUGGAGUUGUUAGCUGGUUAAUUAUCCUCCCAUUGGACGUUGUUAAAAGCCGUGUGCAAGCGGACACUGAACAUAAAAAUUUUAAAGGAUUCUUUGAUUGCGUUGCAAAAAGUUAUCGUGGUGAAGGCAUGGCUGUUUUUUUUCGUGGAGCAUCAAUGAUCAGUCUGCGUGCUUUUCCUGUUAAUGGUGUGAUACUGAUGACCUAUUCCGAAUGUCUGAAGUUUUUUAAUACAAGAUGGGGGAACCACAGUGACUCGCUAGCCUGAAGGUCUCUGGUUCAUUCCCAGUGUUGGCUGAGAAAGUGAAUUGGGAUUAACUAUGGGAUUGCUAUGCAGAAAAUAAAAUGUAUCUGUGCAUAUAUGAACGCUACAAGUAACUGAUUUUUAGGUCACAUUCACACUCUUAAAAACUUGUGCAAUAUUUAAUGGAGCUAAAUUGCUAUUCUUUGGCACCUAGAAAUGGACACAAAUGGGCUGCAAUGCAUACAAUAAUAUGAUAUGAAUGUAUAUAAACUGAUUUACAUUCAAUCGUUUCAGAUUUUACUGUAAUUUCUAAUUAGUUAUGUUCGGCAAAAUAUGAGAAGAAUCCAAAUUGUAUGGCAGUCAUUAGUGCCUGGUUAUUCCAGUCUACACCGAUAGUGUUCUCAUGUGGGAUAUAUUUAGCCUCUUUCAUCAAGUGGCUUCAUCACAAAUGCUGCUUAAAAGCAUUGUGCCAAUAUUAAAAUUUUCAUUUUGUCUUAAAUAUUGGAUAUCAGAAGCCCAUCUUUUCAUGGUAAGAUCAAUGUUGAUUUAAAUUGACCAAUAAAAUGUGUUUGGGUCCAGGGAUGUUGAAGAUGAUCUUGAGUUAGCGACUUGCCUCCUUUAAGCUGUUUAUGUGUUGAGUGUUUUGAUAUGGUUGAGUGUGAAAAUUUUGUACAGUUAAAGGUAGCUGCAUGUAUGUGUAAAGGGUUUGGAUAUGACUGUUUAAAAGUGGAUGAAAGAGAUUAAAAUUAUUUAAAAUACAGAUGUGACGUCACCCUUUGAUGUUGGCGUACCAUUAUUUCAAAUAAUCGUACGGGCAACUUGCCAAUAGUACUUUAUUCAAACCAGUGAGAUAUUGGACUUAUGUGACGUAAAAGCUUGUGCUGAGUGUCAGUAUUUUAAGAUGUUUAAUGGUCUCGAGCUUACGACAUUGCGUAAUAUAUUGUAAAAACAUUCGGGCCUACGCCCCUCAUGUUGUUACAAUAUAUUACUUAAUGUCUCGCUCUCGACCAUUAAACAAUACAUAUAAUAUAAUUUAAUAGUAAAAUAUUCUACUUAUACAUAAAGUUCAGGAAAACCUAUAUAGGACUGGUUAAAUUAACUUGUUCUUUCUUUGAUUUUUGAAAGAAAAGAGAGAGAUUAUAUACAUUUUAUUCUGGUCUUUUGAGUGGGAUUGGGCAUUCUGAUUUUUAAUUUUCUUUUUUUUAUAAUUUUAGGAAAUUAUUUAAAUUUGAAAAACGCACACAAAUAUACUUUGUUUAAGAGAAGAUUUAUUAUUUUAUUAUCAAUAAUUUUUACUAAUCACAA